GCUGGGGCAGCCGCAUCCAUCGGGCUGCGCGUUUCAAACGGCGGCGGUGCGGGCGCGGCGGUUGGCGGCGACCGUUGGCCCGUGAGGGGCUGGCCCGGGGAGCCUGGCGGAGAGAAGUGAGUGUUACAAGAGAGAGACCUGUUCCUGACUAUGUCGAGGAGGAAGCUGGAGAGUAAAAGCCUUUCUGGCUUGUUAGCCACAUCUCUGCAGACACAAAUCAAGACAGACAAUUUCCACAAUUUUUAUAUGCUUGAAUCAAAAGAGCUGGGAAGAGGAAGAUGUGCUGUGGUUAGAAAGUGUACAGCUAAAUCCACAGGCCAGGAGUAUGCAGCUAAAUUUUUAAAGAAGAGAAGAAGAGGUCAAGACUGCAAAGCAGAAAUUCUUCAUGAAAUUGCAGUGCUUGAGUUAAUGAAAUCUAAUCCUCACAUAGUUAAUCUCCAUGAAGUCUAUGAAACAGCAAAUGAAAUCAUUUUGGUGUUGGAAUAUGCUGCUGGAGGAGAAAUAUUUGACUUGUGUGUCCCAGACCUGGAUGACAGAAUUGAUGAAAGGGAGAUUAUUAGACUUAUAAGACAAAUACUUGAAGGACUUCGCUGCUUGCAUGCAAACAAUAUUGUUCAUCUUGAUUUAAAGCCUCAGAACAUCUUGCUGAGCAGCAUGGAUCCUCUUGGUGAUGUAAAAAUUGUGGAUUUUGGAAUGUCUCGGAAGCUUGAGAGCUCUGGUGAGCUGCGGCAGAUCAUGGGAACAACAGAGUAUCUUGCUCCAGAAAUCUUGAACUAUGAUCCUAUUACCACAGCCACAGAUAUGUGGAACCUAGGUGUCAUUUCAUACAUGCUGCUGACACAAGAAUCUCCAUUUGUGGGAGCUGAUAAUCAAGAAACUUACCUUAAUAUAUCUCAAGUUAAUGUGGAUUACUCAGAAGAAACAUUUUCAUCAGUUUCACAGCCUGCCAAAGACUUCAUUCAGAAACUUCUCAUAAAAAAUCCAGCGCAAAGACCCACAGCAGAGGCCUGCCUUUCUCAUUUGUGGUUGCAGCAGGGGGAGUUCAUACUCUUGUGUAGUCCUGAAGAAACUUGUUGCUCUUCUCUGAUGCCCGGACACCCCCCAAAAUGCUCAGAAGAGAGAAAUGUCAAGCCCAGUUGUAAUGGUACCUGUAGCAACAAGGAGGACAAAGAGAACAUUCCAGAAGACAGCAGUACAGUGUCCAAACGGUUCCGUUUUGAUGAUUCCUUGCAGUAUCCCCAGGACUUCAUGACAGACUUUGUUUGCCUGUGGACUUGUCAAUAGUUAGGCAGAUUGAGAUUUUGGAACAUCAUAGGAUUGAGAGGAGAAUAUAAGAAGGUGUUAAAGGUUGUAUCUUAUCUUUUUUUGCACAAGGAAGGGACAACUUGGGUUUCUUUUAACAAAUAGAUAUCAAUAUAAGGUAUCACCAUAACGCAUGAGGGAAUUCAGGAUUGAUCUCUUUAUUUUGGGUGACACUCAUGUCAACAAGUGAAAAACUGACUGAGGUGGAAGAUGUGUGAGACUGUCUUUGGCUAUCUGAAGUAAAAGUUUUCUGAGACUUCAUUCCAUGUGAAAUAAAGUAACAGAAAUAUUCAGCAUGGAGGAAGCUCAGAUGCUUAGGUAUAAAUGAACCACUUUGAGUCUCCACUAUGCAUUAAUUCUCAUAUAACUUUUUUCAGUAAUAAUAUAAUUAUAAAAUUACUCUGCUGGAGGCAGUUUUUGGAUUUUGUUCAGGUACCUUAUACCCUUCCUUUUCCAAGUCCUAGGUUUUUCCCAGUUGGAGUCUUAGUUAACCUUUUGUUUUUCUACCAGCACAGAGUCUAAUUUGAACUGGGUAAAUGAAAAAUAUGAACUAUUUUUAUACAUACUCAGAAGUUAAAGUUUACUUAAGAUAAAGAAGAAAAUGUCAAAAAGCUUUAAGGUAAUAAAAAAAAAGAAUGUUUAUAAAAUUGUUAAAUUUUAAAAAUUCUGCAAAAGUGUUACUGAGCUGAAAUUACAACUGGGAGACUUGCAAAAGCUUUUGUACAUAAGUAUUUUAUUUUCAAUAUCUGGGAAAUAAACCUGAAAUCAUGUGCCAGCACUUUAUGACAAAGUUGUUAUUUCUUAAAAUUUUUAUCCUGGUAUCUGAUGUUUACAUUUCUUACUACUUUUGGAGCUAACUUAUCUUUAAAUUUAAAUAAAUGAAAAUUGGCCUUAUC